GCGGCACCGCGGGAUCGGCAGGCAGCGCUGUACAUAUGUAGGGCGACGAAGCAAGCUGCAGCAGUGCCGCCCGCGGCUGAGGCCUGGGCGCGAGAGUUCGGCUGCAGCUCGUGCCGCCGUGGGCUGGAUGGGCGGUGGGAAUGCGCUGCUGGGCUGCUGGGUCUGGAAUGCGUGCGCGUGCGAGAGAGUGGGCGAGUACGCUGUGGCACGCGAGGAAUGCCACGGCGCUGGUUGUAUGCGCUGCACGCGCCAGUCGGCUCGCGGGUUGGCGUUUCGGGUCGGGAUGACUGCCUGUACGGAUUACGGGUUUUUUGCUUUUUCGUCUGAUGGCGUCGGCGUUGGCGUCUCUUGUUGCUUUCUACCUCCACACCUACGGCGCGGCACGGAGCGCGGGAGCGCGGACGCGGGACGGCGCGGUGCGGACGGGCGGGCGGCGCCGGCGCCGGCGUGGCCCCGCUACCACCCUUUGUUGGGACUCACACGACAUACAGCAUUCCAGCAUUCCAACCAGUCUCGAGCCCGCAAACGCUCUCUUGUACCCCCUCUCUUUUCUUCCCUCUUUUAGUAAAGGAAUGCAGCCACACGACCACGGCACCUAACAAGCGUGCAUCGCGUCCAUUCCGGGCGCGGCAAGCCUGCUCGUCCCGAUACCGCAGCCCGGCCCAUGCCGUCGCUCGGAGAGUUGGGCUCCCGUCUUACGGACGGACGGCUGACUACGCUGUAUGCGUAUGUCCUCAUGUAUGUAUGUGCGCGCGCAUGCACUGUACCUACGGACCGGGUUGGUGGGUGGAGUAGGUAACUGCUGUGGACG